AUGUUUGCCACAGGAGUGUCUCGCGUCGCCUCUGGAAUGUGCCGCCUGGCACCGCGUGCACCUCGUGCAGGCUUGGCAGGCUUGGCAGGCUCCGGAUGCACAAGCUUGCGCUGGAAGUCUGCGGUGUCUGCAGUGGUGGCCGCUAUGCCCACGGAUCCGGAAGCUUACGUCACAAACAAGUUGGCCAUGUUCGAUGCAAUGCAGUUCACCCCGAUUCGUGAGAGCACGGUGAGUCGGGAGAUGACACAACGCUACAUGUCGGAGAUGCUGGAGUACGCAGAGACGGAUGUGGUCAUUGUGGGCGCUGGCUCGGCUGGGCUCUCGUGCGCCUACGAACUUACCAAGCACCCGGACAUCAAGGUGGCCAUCCUCGAGCAGAAUGUCGCUCCAGGCGGGGGCUGCUGGUUAGGAGGGCAGCUGAUGAGCUCUAUGGUGGUACGCAAGCCGGCCGACGAGUUCUUGGAUGAGAUAGAGGUGCCCUACGACGACCAAGGCGAUUACGUGGUCGUCAAGCAUGCCGCCCUGUUCAUGUCCUCCCUCCUGCGCAAGGCCCUUCUUGCCCCCAAUGUGAAGCUCUUCAACGCCGUGGCUGUGGAGGAUCUUCUGGUUCGGCAAGAGGCAGAGAGUGUGGCAGUUCGGGGUGUUGUCACCAACUGGUCCUUGGUCACCCAGAAUCACGACACCCAAUCCUGCAUGGACCCGCAGGUGAUGGAGGCCAAGGUGGUGGUGACGGCCACGGGGCAUGACGGCCCCAUGGGCGCGAGCUCGGCCAAACGCCUGGAGUCUCUUGGGGCGCUGCCGGCCGGACUGCCGGGCAUGGGCGCCCUGGACAUGAACACUGCCGAGGAUGCGGUGGUGCAGAUGACCAGCGAGGUCGUUCCUGGCCUGAUCUUUGCCGGUAUGGAGGUUGCUGAGGCACGUGGCUGCAACCGAAUGGGGCCCACAUUUGGUGCCAUGCUCCUGUCGGGGCAGAAGGCGGCCAACUUGGCCAUCCAGGCUUUGAAGCGCGGCUGA